AUGCUACAUAUACAUCUACGAAAAUGUUUUGACAGCAACCUACAUUUUCGUUGCUUCUAAAACUCUCUCACGGCAACAUGGCAAAGCUACCUGUGAAGUACUAUGUGGUGGACGCGUUCACUGACUCAGCUUUCAAGGGAAACCCAACAGCGGUGUGUUUAUUAGAGGAAGAGAGAGAUGAGAAAUGGUUGCAAGCUGUGGCAACUGAGUUCAAUUUCUCUUGUUACUUGACUCGGCUAUCUGGGUCCGACUCUCUUGACUCGUCCAAUCCUAGGUUCCGUCUUAGAUGGUUCACUCCUGUUGCUGAGGUUAAGAUAUGUGGUCAUGCUACAUUAGCUGCUGCACAUACACUCUUCACUUCUAGUUUGUUGAAUUGUGAUGUCAUUGAGUUUGUCACAAAAUCUGGAACAUUAACUGCUAGAAAGGUUGCAGAUAUACAAACAAUUGAUGGUUCGAAUAUUCAGAAUCAUGAGUCACAAGAGAGUUUUCUUAUUGAAUUGGAUUUUCCUACCAUCCCAAUGAUUGAUUUCAACUCUGCUGAGUUUUCACCCAUUUCCAAAGCCUUGAAUGGUGCCUCUGUGAUUGAUAUAAAGAGAACAGCAACUUUAGAUGAUCUCAUUGUAAUACUCUCAUCUGGAGAAACUGUUGCAAAACUUCAGCCACAGUUUGAUUUGAUAUGUAAAUGUCCUGGAAGGGGGAUAGUUAUUUCAGGGCCUGCUCCCCUAGAUUCUGGAUUUGACUAUUACUAUCGAUUCUUUUGCCCAAAACUUCAGCUCAAUGAGGAUCAUGUUUGUGGGAGUGCAAAUUGUUCCUUAGCAUUGUACUGGAGCAAAAGGCUAGGGAAGUGUGAUCUUGUUGCAUAUGCGGUAUUCUUGCCUAUCUUUAGUGCAUGCAAACUCAUCGUUGUAGUUUCUGUCUUCAUCAUAUUAAUUGACAUUGUUGAUUCUGUUCAGGCUUCAGCUAGAAGUGGAGUAGUAAACAUUCAUCUCGAUGAACAAAACCAAAGAGUGCUACUGCGAGGAAAAGCUGUUACUAUCAUGGAAGGGUCUCUAUCAGUUUAGACAUUUGGAGUUAAAACUCCAUUUUGCAUGUAUUUUGCAAUGAAAUAAUUCCCCGAUGACUGGAAUUGAAAUUUUCAAUCCAUAGUUGAUUUAAGGUAAAAGCAGUUUAUUAUCA